GGCCGUGGGGGGGGUGGGCCGGCGAGCGGAGGGGGCCUGUCCCGGAGGUGGCGGCGGCGCCAUCUUGGCGAAGGGGGGAUCAGGAAGUGCGGACCGCGGCGGCGGCGGAGCCCGGAGCGGAGGCCGGAGGCUCCCGGCCCGCCGGCCCCGGAGCGGAGCGGAGCGGAGGAUGCAGCAGCCGCAGCCGCAGGGGCAGCAGCAGCCGGGGCCGGGGCAGCAACUGGGGGUCCAGGGGGCGGCGCCGGGGGCCGGGGGCGGCCCGGGAGGGGGCCCGGGGCCAGGGCCCUGCCUGAGGCGGGAGCUGAAGCUGCUCGAGUCCAUCUUCCACCGCGGCCACGAGCGCUUCCGCAUUGCCAGCGCCUGCCUGGACGAGCUGAGCUGCGAGUUCCUGCUGGCCGGAGCCGGAGGGGCCGGGGCCGGGGCUGCGCCCGGACCCCAUCUCCCCUCCCGGGGGUCGGUGCCGGGGGACCCCGUCCGCAUCCACUGCAACAUCACGGAAUCAUACCCUGCUGUGCCCCCCAUCUGGUCGGUGGAGUCUGAUGAUCCUAACUUGGCUGCUGUCUUGGAGAGGCUGGUGGACAUAAAGAAAGGGAAUACUUUGCUCUUGCAGCAUCUGAAGAGGAUCAUCUCUGACCUGUGUAAACUCUACAACCUCCCUCAGCAUCCUGAUGUGGAAAUGCUGGAUCAGCCCUUGCCAGCAGAGCAGUGCACGCAGGAAGAAGUAUCUUCAGAAGACGAAGACGAAGAGAUGCCCGAGGAUACAGAAGACCUAGAUCACUAUGAGAUGAAAGAGGAGGAGCCAGCGGAGGGCAAGAAGUCUGAAGAUGAUGGCAUCGGAAAAGAAAACCUGGCCAUCCUAGAGAAAAUUAAAAAGAACCAGAGGCAAGAUUACUUAAAUGGUGCAGUGUCUGGCUCGGUGCAGGCCACUGACCGGCUGAUGAAGGAGCUCAGGGAUAUAUACCGAUCACAGAGUUUCAAAGGCGGAAACUAUGCAGUCGAACUCGUGAAUGACAGUCUGUAUGACUGGAAUGUCAAACUCCUCAAAGUUGACCAGGACAGCGCUUUGCACAAUGAUCUUCAGAUCCUAAAGGAGAAGGAAGGAGCAGACUUCAUCCUACUCAACUUCUCCUUUAAAGAUAACUUCCCCUUUGACCCACCGUUCGUCAGGGUUGUGUCUCCAGUCCUCUCUGGAGGGUAUGUUCUGGGCGGAGGUGCCAUCUGCAUGGAGCUGCUCACCAAGCAGGGCUGGAGCAGCGCCUACUCCAUAGAGUCCGUGAUCAUGCAGAUCAGCGCCACGCUGGUGAAGGGGAAGGCACGGGUGCAGUUCGGAGCCAACAAAGUAAGGACCCUGGGACUGUGGGGAGCCAAGUAUAGUUUAGGCCCCAGCCUGCUUGGGCCCCUGCAAUGGAGGGAGGGCAUUGGCCCAGGGGCUUCCUCACAUGUUGGGGUGGUACAGGUCUGGAAAGGGAAAUCAUGUGUGGUAUCCUCAAGGCCUUCCCAGGCAGAGAUAGUUCUGGAAGCUGGGACUUGUGGCUGCCUGGAUGACAGCCUGCAGGUGAGGGACAGUAGGUUGCAGCUGGCCAUGGCCUGAUCUGGUUUUUCUCUCCCCAGUCUCAGUAUAGUCUGACAAGAGCACAGCAGUCCUACAAGUCCUUGGUGCAGAUCCACGAAAAAAACGGUGAGGCUGGGGCCCCCAGGCCCAGGUCCCACUCUAGUCAAGUCCAGGGACCUCUUUGGUUUCUGAGCUUACUGUCCACUUGUCCAUCAUCUGCCCAGUUCUUCAGAACUCUGUAGUAUUGUCACCCUUCUUCCCAGCAGUGGGGUUGAAGGUAGCCUGGGCCCUGCCCUCUGCUGUCACUCUGCAAAGCUCAUCCAGUUCCUGUCCUGAGUGGGCUCCCCAUUCUCCCUCCCUUAUAGUAACUCUGGGUAAGCAGCCUCAGCUCCCCUACUUGACAUCCUUCCUAGGAUCUGCUUUCCUGGAACAUGGAGUGUCCUCAGGGAUUGCAAUAGGUGAAGUUGGCCUGGGCCUGCCCCUCACUAUGCUGGUUUGUGGUUUUUCUUUGUUUUUGUGCAGGCUGGUACACACCCCCGAAGGAAGAUGGCUAACCCUGGAGUAUCAUCCCCUUCCUCCUCCCCAGGCACCACUGGACCAAUUACCUUUGAAUGCUGUAUUUGGAUCUCACGCUGCCUCUGGUUCCCCUCAUUUUUCCUGGACGUGAUAGCUCUGCCUAUUGCAGGACAAUGAUGGCUAUUCUAAACGCUAAGGAAAACCAACCACCCACAACACUGAACUGUCUCAAGUACUCAAGACUGACUACAGACCAACCACCUCGCUGGAACCCUUGCUAGCAGGCAUUCUUAUAAAGAAACUCUCAAGCCUCCUUAUAUUGCUGGAAACUCAGCUGUGCUCCAGACUAGAGCCUCCUUACCUAUGCUAUGGGUUUUAAUUUAUUUUCUCUUAUUUCAUGUACACUGCUCUUUUUGGUUACAGUGUAUGAUGGAUGUGUAUGAAAAAAAUGUAUCUUUGGGAAAACAAUUACAGUUUGUUAAUUUGAA